AUGUUGUCCAACAAGAGUGCUGCUCCUUUCUUGCUGACUGGUUUUCUGGGCUUAGAGGUAGUUCAUAACUGGAUCUCUAUCCCCUUCUUUUUCAUCUACUCCUCCAUACUUUUCUGGAAUGGCACCCUUCUCUUUCUCAUUUGGAAUGAUUACAGCCUUCAUGAGCCCAUGUACUACUUCCUGGCUGUGUUGGCAGGUACAGACCUUGGGAUGACACUCACUACAAUGCCCACAGUCAUGAGUGUCCUGUUGCUGGAACAGAGGGAGAUUACCCAGGGUGCCUGUUUCACUCAGUCCUACUUCAUUCACACUCUGGCCAUCGUAGAAUCAGGUGUCUUGCUUGCCAUGGCCUAUGACCGUUUUAUUGCCAUCCGCACUCCUCUGAGGUACAACUCCAUCCUUACCAAUUCUAGGGUGAUGAAGAUAGGACUGGGAUUAGUGUUGAGGGGCUUUGUGUCCAUUGCACCCCCAAUUCUGACACUCUAUUGGUUCCCAUAUUGUCAUUCCCAUGUCCUUUCACAUGCCUUUUGCCUCCACCAAGAUGUCAUGAAACUUGCCUGUGCUGAUAUUACAUUUAAUCGCUUAUACUCAGUUGUUCUGGUUGCCUUAACUUUCUUCCUAGGUGCUCUGGUCAUUGUUCUUUCUUAUGUGCUAAUUCUGAAGACAGUUCUGGGCAUUGCCUCUGGAGAGGAGCGAGCUAAAGCCCUCAACACUUGUGUUUCCCACAUUAGCUGUGUCUUAGUAUUUUAUGUCACUGUGAUUGGCCUGACCUUCAUCCACAGGUUCAAGAAAUAUGCCCCACAUGUAGCGCAUAUUACCAUGAGCUAUGUCUACUUUCUCUUUCCUCCAUUCAUGAACCCCAUCAUCUAUAGCAUCAAGACUAAGCAGAUUCAGAGAAGCAUUUUGCCUUUACUAUCUGGGCACAGUAGGACUUCAGCCAUUGUUACAAAAUCUUGA